AUGGCUAAUGAUGAUCCUUUGGUGCAUUCCUUGACAAGAAGCUCCAAUUCCUCAGAGCCAUCAUCCUGGGAAAGCUCCAAUACAUCGAUUGCUACACCACCAGAGGAAAACAAGAAGAUCGGACGACCUAGUCAAUGGACGGAAUCUCGACAACGAAAGCUGGCACGACUAUACUUAUACAGUAAUCUGCCACCGAAAGACAUCCGCCUAGCACUUCAUGAUAGGUCUGAUAACUGGCUACCUGAAAAGGAGACCACCACAAAAACCUUCAAUGCUCUUCUUGACAAAGAUCCACGAUGGCUUCGACCAAAGAACGAAGAAGAAAUGGAGCAGAGAAUAUUGGCACUGGCAAAUUGCAAGGCGCAGAGGAACUUGAAGCGGCAGCUCAGGCAGGCGCGGCUCGCAAAGCAUUUCGACAUCAUCAUGGAGGAAUCCAUAACGAACAGAAAUGACCCAGAUCUCAGCGAAGAGCCGACUGUCGAACCUGAUUCUCCUAUCGAUCAGACUAUAAGCAAAGAUUGUGAAGAGGUCAAUAGACUCUCCUGGACGGAAUUUACCCACACACCUGUGCAAGACUUACUGGCUAUGAAAGACCCAGAAUUAUCAGAAGCUGCAAUAAAAGAGCUGUGGCAAUUCGUCGAUAGUGAUUUAAACGCUGAAGUAGAGUUUCAAACCUCAGCACCAGGUGGGCAAAAUGGCAAAAUGCCAGCCCUAGAAGAAACCGCGGAUUUUCAAAACACAUCUCUGGACGAAAUCAGUACACACCGCAAUGAAAAUACUCUAGUGAAUCAUUCCCCGUUGGGUACAGACGGUAUUACCAAGUUGUUGCAGGCUUACUCCAUUUGCGACUCUCCUGCUGCUUCGACUACAGAUAUGUCUCGCAGAUUGUCCGCCGGUACAGCAUUGACAGAGCUCAUGUCAACAGAGAAGUCUCCGUCAUAUUCUCAACCUACCGAAGGUGCACUACCAAAUGCUUUUCUAGUUGCUGACUUUCAUCGAGCCAAACAAGGCCCUUGCUUUCCGGGUUUGAAAGUGCACGAUUCUGGCAGCUGCUGGUGUAUGCUGGAUCUGGAGAGUCUUCCUACAAACAAAAGAUGGUACAUUGGCCCGGACGCAAUAUCUCCUCUCCAUAUGCCCAAUCCACCUCGCAGUCUUCACAACUUAAACCUUCGAUAUCGUGAUACCUUUGGCAACACUAUUUUGCACUUGCUUGCUUCUCGUGGUGCUAGCACAGGUCUCAUCCAAAAUGCUUUGACAAGUGGAAUGGAUGGAAACGCCAAGAAUACAGCGGGGCAGACCUUUCUUCAUUGCUUGCCAUAUAUUGACUUGUGGAAUCCAGAUCUUCAUUUCGAGUUGAGCUCGAGAUCAUCCCUGCAGCUGGUUGUGAAAUGCAGCGUUGAUAUAACAGCGUGUGAUCCUUUCGGACGGACCUUCGCUCAUCUGUUAACUUAUAAUGCAUUUACCAAUCAUUUAUACAGACGCGAUUCUGAAUCUCGUGAUCUCUUUGAACUCUUGGUAUGGAGUCAUAGGUCGACCCACAAGAGAGAUGCUUUCGGUUGGAUACCAACAAAUCUGAACUGGAGACUUUCCGAGAAAAUAAUGCAGGCGAAUUACGGGCGAACUGGCAUUGGAGCUGUUGGUCCUUUCAGCUUCAACGUCCCUUCACAAUCUCAGCAAAGCUUUAUUGAGGAGGUCGGCGAAGAAAUACGCCUACCUGCCUCGGCCAACGCCGUAUCUUUGAUUACCAUGCAUGCACGUUUGCUGGAGACAGCAGCCCUCGCGCUAGAUGUCCCUAACACAGAAGAUUCACGGGGACGAAACGGUCUGCAUUGCUUGGCAGAAGUCUCACUGGACCUGCACAAAGUGACAGACGUUCUGCACUCCGGCGCGAAGACUUCAAAAAAACGCAAGCGGGACCAGAUUGUGUCUGAACCGUCGGUGAUAUGGACUUCAGGACUGCAAUAUCGAUAUGGCUUGCUCCAGCAGAUGAUAAAAUCCGGAGUGGACGUCAAUAGUUACGACAAGUUCGGCAAUACCGUGCUAAUGGCAUUCGUCAGCCAUCUCGACGAUGGGCUGGAAAAUAAUACCCUCUCAGCCAUAUUUCGAUUCCUGGUCAACCACGGGGCUGACCCGGGUCGACGCAAUCGAAAGGGUGAGACAGCGCUACAUAUUGCCGUCAAGUUGGCCACAAGGUUGCUGUGGCUGUCUUGUUACAAGAAGGUGCCAAUGUCCAUGCCAGGACUUUGGAGGGCAAGAGCGUUUUGGCUGUAG